AAUUCUCAAUAAUGUCAUGGCUGUCUGAAAAUAAAAACACGUGUUUUAAGUGCAAAAUAGUGAUUUAUUAUUAAUUUUACUGAAGAAGAUGGUCAAAAAUUUAUAAUAUGGUGAUUCAAAACAUGGGUGACACAACGCAAACCGAACCAGCGUUUUCUGGCUUGGAUAAUAUGAUCAGUCAAUCGAAGAAAUCACAGAGGCUAAAGAGACAUUCCAGUCAAAAUACCUCUGAACGCUGUCUGAGUACAUCUUUGGAUAAAUUAUCAGAAGUAAGCAAAGAAGAUCUGAAUGAACUCCACACUGCGUAUAAAAAAUGUAAAGAAGUUAUAAAAAAAAUUGAAUCCAAGUAUGGACAUUUGUUACAAAAAGAUGACACUUUGUUAGAUGAUAUUUUGGAAGAAGAAAAUAAUACUAUAAAUUUAUGUACAUGUUCUUUUAACAAAAAAAUUGUUUUUAAUGAAGAUGGACAGCAAGUAACAAGAGAUAUAGUUCCAGACUUACAUAUUUGUCCAAAAAAGCCAAGAUUUCUCAAUCCGUCACCAUUUAAUCCGUUACCUAAGAAUCAGCCAAAUCUCCUUAUUGAGCAUGAAUUUGAUUCCUUACCAAAUGAUUUAAACGAGUUGUCUGAAAUACUUAAAGAUGAAACAAUUGAUGUUGCUUACAGAAAUAAAGUAAUACAAAAAAUUAAGUUAAUCCGUCUCGAUAAUAUUAACACUAUGAGAUAUGAUAGAAAAUUUUUAAUAGAAAAAUUAAAAGAAAAACCUGAUAGUUUAUUUGAAUUUAAAGGAGCUAAUGUAUCAUCUAUACCUGGAUAUCCUGUAAAACCUGUCGAGGAAGCAUAAAAAUUGUAUACUGCUUUUAAACAAUCAACAUAGUUUAUGAGAUUUAAGUACUGAAAAUUUAAAGAAGAAAAGUUUAUAUGCCUAUAGUCUUGGUAUUGAUUUUAAAAAAUAGGACACAAUUUGAUCAUGAUUUUGUAGUGUGAGUAGUACUCCUAAAAAGUUUUUUUUUAUGAGUCACAAUAUAAAAUGUAAUAACAUUGUGAAUAUGUUUAGUUAUUGUGGUGAUAUGUAUAAUUAUGUAUUUGAACUGCUGAAAAUGUUUUAUCAUAUUGCCAUAUAUAUCACCUUGUUGCCUUAUUUAGGUGUUAUAACUUAUUGUUAUUAGUAUUUUUUAACUGACUUUCAAAUAAUGAAGGUUAUCAAUUUGACACAAUAUUUUUUAAGAGUUAGUAAACAAUAUUUACUAUGCUUGUCUAUUUUAUGAGCUAUGAGUUAACAUUUUUAAAAUCUGUAACAAAUAAAGUUUUUCAAAUAAGGAAAACAAAAAUUAAGAUAAAAAUCUGUUAUUAGUUAAAAUGUUUCAAAUGAAUUAAUUUUAAGAUAAGAUAAGUAAUACAUUGCCUGUCAUGAUAUAUGUUAUAACAUGUGUUUUACCAGAAUAUACUCUAAUUUUGUAUGAGAAA